UGUAAACCUUAUUUAUUCAAAUCUUUGGAAACAAGAGCCGUAAAGAGGCAUUCUUCUAAGUGACAGCAGAAAUAUUUUGUGAUAUUUAAUGGAAAUUUAGAGAAUAAUUUCAAUAUUAAUUCUCAUUUAGCACCCCAGUCACUGUCAAAUAGGGAAUGGGUGAAAUAUUUGAGCGAGAAAUUUUCCGGAGAAAUUUGGGAAAAGAACAGUCGGGGAUAUAAAUUCAAUAAAUUCAGUCAAGGUGAAAUUUGGACAAACAAUCGCAAAUUUAUUGAAGCGUUCUUUAAUUGACUAAAUGGAUAAGUGAACAAAUUAUUAAAUCCACGAUGAUCUUUUUGUGCGAAAGUUAUUGCAUCGCGACAACAAGGCGAGUAUUCUCACUCUGCGGCAGAAAAUAAAUCAAACCCAAGUAUCCCUGCGAUUAUCAUCCCAAUAAUUCACGGAUGAGGGAGCCAUAAAUUGAAUAUUAUAUUUUAUUCAUUUAAAACUCAUCCAAAAAACAACAACAAUAAGCCACUUCUCAUUUCAUCAAAUUGCAAAAUCCAAACCAAGUUGUGCCCAAAAAUUAUUCAACAAAUAUCCAAAACACAACAGUAGUCAAUCCAGAAACUAUUGAAACGUAUUCUGCAACCAAAAAUGUCCGAUUCGCAGAAUCUUCUUGAAGAUUCGGCUCUCGAUCUGAGCAGAAGCCGAGCCUCUGAUCUAUCAAUGCAGCUAAAUGUCGGCACUCGUCAAAGCGAGCUCACAAAAACUGAGACGAAAACCGAACCAGAUGCUAAACACGACAGAGAAAAAUAUGCAACACAAACGGAAGACGAUUUUUAUGUGGGAAUUUCGAACUUCGAGGCAAGAAACCCUCACUGGGAGCUGAAUGUGCGUAUUGGAGAUGUUUUCAAGAGACUGCGACACAACUCAGUGAUACCGAAGCACUCUGAAAACAACUUCAUACUCGUACAAACUGUGCAAAGUAGAAACUUCGCAAAGAGAAACUCUCCCGAGAAAAUAGCUUACGUUCCAAGAGAAGUUUUGGUCAAGGUGCCUCUGCCCGGAAAAGAUACGAACAUAAAACCAACCAAGAAAAAAAUGAAAGCAGACGAUGAACUCGCAGAAAGCAAAGCAAUAAAUGCAGGCCUGAUACCAGAAACGACAAUUUCAGACAUUCUCUCAGACUUCCUGCCCGACCAUCGAAAAAUUUGUGCGCAAAACAAAAAAGCACACGAAAUUGCCUCCAAACUGAAUCAAGUUGCUUCUGCUGAUAUUCAAAGCAAUACCAACUACAUGACAAACUCUAGACACCAUUUGCCCAUAAUAGCAUCGUCGCUUUCGUUGAGCGCACCUCCUUUCACCGCGUCGACUAUACACCAGCAGCUAAUGAACGAACACUUGAUGCCUCCAGGAGUCAAAAUCUCCCAAAUGCAGAACAACGCAUCAGUUCCCUUCCUUGUAAACUGGAUGAAGAACUUUCCCCAGUUCCAAGCUAUGGCAGCUGCAGCAGUCAUGCACAGAUACAACUUAAUCCAGCGGCAACAAGCAUCUAACGAGUUCCUUCCAGACAAUACUUCGGUUCCUUUUCCUACUCCGACGGCUGAAAAUUUGACUAAUACCUUUCGUCCGUGGCAGGACGUGAACAACUUUACGCAACCGAACGAUCAGGUUCCAAGGGAUCAAUCAGUGUAUGACACUAAGAACAAAGAAGAUAGUCACAAUGCUAUGAAAUGCGGACUGGUCCAACCUUGCUCGGUCGAGUCGAAGAUGGAGUGGAGCAACAAGAUGAUCUUGGCGGGCGGAGGAGAAGGAGUCGAUCAGAGGAGUCAGCUGAAGAAACACGGGCGCGGGAGGCCACCUUACAGGAGUGUAGAGCUUGUGGUUGGCAUGGGCGUGUUCGAACAUGGUCGAUUCAAGAAGUUGACAGUGAGGAACAAGAGUGGGAUAGGGGGCAAGGAGGCGAUAGUGGUGAGGUGUGCGGCAGAGGCCACUGAGAUAGAGACUGCCGCAGUGCACAGACACAAGUUCAACAACAAACUCAUACACAAUGUUGAUUUCACACUCGUGUACCCAGAUGGAAGUCCAGUGAGAUACCUGCCAGGCACCCGAGAGCCCUUCACUCUGAAGACUUACAAGGAGAUGAGGAACGACUCCUGGAUCAGACUACGACUAUUCCUCUGUCCCACCAAACAGUUGCUGGUAGCACAACAGCAACAACAACUGAAUGCUAAAAAGGCCACUGACAAGUCAACGAACAUUUGCUACAUGGACUCAAAACAAGCGAGUGACAAUCAUAUACCAAGAUCCAAUGAAAGAUCCCAGGAAGAUUCGGAACCAAUGGACUCAGCAAAUAAUGAACAAGAGUGCCCUAGCGUAAUUGACCUCUGAAAUAACUGGACAUGAUUCCAGAACUGAAUAAAUAGAAGACUGUUUUUAAAACAAAACUAAAAUUGUACAGUCCUUUGCAGAUCCUUCAAUAUUAUUAUUAUGCUAUAGUUUCCACAAAAUCGAUAUUUAAGCAAUCCAAAAGAGCAGUCGUUGGAAAUAGAAGUA